AUGGCGACACGUAACGCGCUCCUCGCUUGUCGCGGACUCCCUUCACGUGCGGUGACGGCCAGUCGCUUCUCAUGCGCUGUACCGCUCGUGCGCGCCUCGGCCCGCUGGGUGCAAACCCAGGCCACGGCCAGUGACUCGGCUGCUCCCUCAUCGUCCACUUCAACCUCGGCUCAGCCCGCGUCCUCGAUCUCGUUUGCGGACAUUACGGCCUCGUAUGCGUCAUCUUCAAAGAUCGUGGAUGGCGUAGUGGAGCCUGUCGUCGAGGCCAGCACCACUGUCGCCGUUGAGCCAACCCUCGAGGCGAACGAAACCACCACCGACGCCGUCAACCCCGCUGUCGAAACGAAUGUGGAGGCGAAUGAGACCACAGGCGAUGCUCAAGGCGUAGGAGCCGACGAUACUGACCCGGACCGUGCCAGGUUCCGCGACGCAGUUGAUGUGUGGAGGCGUGCCGGCCUGCCGCGAGACGUUGCUCGCAAGCUGGCGAACCACUUCCCCGAAAUUCAGAGGCCGACUCCGGCGCAGCGUGCGUUCCUUCUCUCGCUGGGCCGUGGCGAUGUGGAUAUCUACUACAAGGACUACAUGGGCCAGGGAAAGACCUUUUCCCUCGUCCUGGGCGCUCUCACGGUUGUGAACAAGAGCAGCAAGCAGGUCGUCCUCUUUGUCCCCACGCGCCACCUCGUGCAACAGGUCGGAGCCCUCUUUGACAUCUUGGGUCCUGAGCACAAGGUGCACGCUUCCGUUUUGGACCCUCUCAAGAUGGACUGGAACGCUCAGGUGGUGAUCACGACGCCGACCAUCUUCAACGACGCGCCUCCCAAGCCCAAGUCUCUGCCCAACCUCAGCCAUAUCUUCUUGGACGAGCCCGACACCAUGCUGGGUCCCUUGCCUGCUAGGGGUACAGACGAGCGCCGUCUUGUCCGCCACCCCAUCAACCUCCACCCACCGCACAUCGUCAAGGCUCUCAACAAGCUGCUGCGCAUCUUUGAGGAGCAGGAUGGUCCUAGGUAUUUGGGCAAGACCAAGAAGGGUAUCCUCAACUUCAACUCGCGCCUGCCCAUUCGCACCGUCUGGGCAUCUGCUACGCUCAACUCUGAACUCCGCCGUCUCACCUUCGGGCGCGGAUGGGUGAGGGCUGGUAACGAGAAGCAGAACAAGUCAAGCGGUAUCAUCGACCUCGACUUCACACACACUGCCAGCCAGCGUCAGCUGGAUGUCCGCGCUGGGUUUGAGGAAAUGGGCCAGAUUACCGACAUCCCCGCACACAGGGCCCCGAGAAUCACAAAGCCGCGCAACCACGUCUUUGUUGUCGACAGGGCUGGAGACGUCCACCCCCUUGACAUGUCGGAACCUGCGUACGGCCAGAGUGGCCAGCAGACCAAGGGCGAGGUGGCGGCGACGGUGAUGGAGGCGCUUGCGCUUCUCCACACCACCUCACCUCCACCGCCCGGAACCUUUGCCCUUGCCCUCAUGCCAAACCAGGGUUCCAUCAAGAACAUUGACUCGGAGCUCGGCUCGCUGGGCGUGUUCACCAUCCCGCUCGUCCCCGAAAUCAUGGCCGAGGGCAUCGAACCUCCCUCGGGCGACGAGCCCACCCCGUUGCUUUUGGCCCAGCGCUCGGCCGUCCCGGGCCUGCACCUGAAAAACCUGCACACCGUGUACCUCCUUAACGGCCUCGACAUGGCUACCCUCUCCCCGCACCAGAGGGAGUACAAGGGCAAGCAGCUUCGCCAGACCUUCUAUGACAUUGUGACCGGUCGUCUCGGGCGCAUGGGUGCCCUCAAUCCCGUCCCGGGCCGCCCGCAGCGCGUCAUCUCCAUUGUCGAGGAGUAUAGCGAGGAGCACGUUGCGCUGCACAACUUGUUCGCGCCACUCACGCCACUGGCCGGUGGGAGGCCUGCCCCCAGCUUCCAUCUUUCCAAAUGGGACGGUCCUGCCAACUUGAACUCACGCGACGAGAACGAGGCUGCCGACUGGGUCAACUAG